AUGUCUCUGUCCCCUUCACCACGCGCACUAUUCUUCGAUGUAUUCGGUACCUGCGUCAACUGGCGCGCGACCGUCACUAGUGCGCUUUCCCUCGCAGCCCACAAGUCGCUCAACUCAGCAACCGCAUCAUUGGCAUCUAAAUUACGAUUGCGAGCAUCGGAAAUGACAGAUGAACACUGGGGGAAGUUCGCCCAGCAAUGGCGAAACAGUUACAAGAUAUUCACAAAACAACUAGCCGCUGACCCCUCAAUCCCGUGGAAAUCAGUCGACGACCACCACUUGAGCGCGUUGAAGCAGCUUAUCACGGAAUGGGAGCUUGAUGGCCUGUGGAAUGACGAGGAGAUUCUUGCUCUGAGCUUAGUCUGGCACCAAUUAGUCCCUUGGGAAGAUUCUGCCGCCGGCGUUGAGUUACUCAACAAACGAUUUGCAACAGCCAUGCUUUCGAACGGGAAUGUGAGUCUUCUUACAGAUCUCCGUGCGUACAGUGGGAUACCUUUUAUACAUAUCUUCUCGGCUGAGAUGUUCGGCACUUACAAACCUGCGCCGGAAGUAUAUCUUGGGGCGGCGGAGAAACUUGGUUUGGAACCUAAGGAGUGUGUUAUGGUGGCUGCGCAUCUACCUGACCUCAAAGCUGCACAUGAAAAUGGACUAAAGACUGUUUACGUGGAGAGGGCUGGGGAGGAGGAUUGGACUGAAGAGGAGAUCAAGGAGGCGAGGGAGGCGGGCUGGGUGGAUCUGUGGAUUGGAUUGGAAGAGGGGAGUAUGGGUUUUAUUAGUGUAGCGGAAAAGUUAGGGAUCGCUGAUGGAAUGUAA